AUGGAUGGAAUUUACGUGUUUCUGGUCACUGGGAUAUCUUUCUUGGUGUCUAGUAUUUUCACCCUAUUACCUCAAGAAUCACCAACGCAAAGUAGCGAUUUGAUCACGCCCUAUCGAAAGCAAAGCAAGACCUCGAAACAAGACGAAAUAUACACCGGAUAUCAUCAGAACUCGCAUAGAAUGCGCAACAGAAUCAAUACGGCAGACUGUGCGAUAUAUCAAAUUCCUCUCGAAAUACAACUGCAGAUUAUGGGACAUUUGAAUCAUGUUGACCUGUUUUGUCUUCGACAAAGCUGCUACAUGUUCCUCUCAGCAUUCGAACAUAAAUCUUUCAAGAAGCUGCAAAGACCAAUCAAUAUACCAGAAGAUUAUUCGGCAUCUGAACACGAGCUCAAUCGAACAUCUUAUAUCUUUUCUGAAUAUCAAUAUAUGGCCAAUCAUUUGCGACGUCAGCAAGAAAAUCCCGCGGGGUGUGGCGAGGUUCAGCGCAGAUAUCAGCCAAUUGUCGAAAUGAAUCUCAAUCGUCUUUCUGGUGAAGAAAAACAAGAGGUCGCACAGCGAACGAGACUGAAUGCCGUUUGCGAAGUUUGCUCGAAAAAGCAAGCUAUUCCUUCCAACCUAUUCUGUCGCCGAUUCUUUUAUUACCCGGAAAAGAGACUUUUACAUUGCGCCGAUUGCAAAAGAAUGCACAACGUAUCCCUGUUUUCCGAAUAUCAACUUGCAAAAAGUCACCCGAUAUGCAUGGGCUGGGAAGGGAAGAUCCAGAUUUGCCCUCACCAACACAUGUCCUUGCUUGAGAUUUUCAAGUGGAUGGAGAGUGCAUCCGCUCAAAAAGGUGCAGAAAGUCGGAACUUAUCCUGUCAGGCCUGUCAGCUACACUUCCAGCCAAAAGGACAGGAACACUUCCCAACGCUAUCCAUCUCCAACGACCAUAACUUGCGUUUGCACUGGACUAUGGUGUAA